AUGGCAUGGCACGAGGCGGUGCAGUACGCACUGCAAAAGACACACUACGACCAUGGGAGAUGGGCUUUAACAAACCCUCAUUUAACGACACAUAUCUCAACAGAGGAGCGCAUAACGACAAGGGCGCCAAGAAAAAAGGGGCAACGGAAGUCCCGGAAGCCUAUUCAUAGCCUGAGAUCUGUGGUAUCGAAUCUUCACUUGCUCGUUGGCGUGUCGAGUUUUGCACGGUGGCCACUUACCCUGCACUUCUUUGUACCAGAGCCCAAGAAAGCCUGGGAUAAUUGGCUAAAGGCCAAGGAGACAACACCACGAGAGGGGAUUAAGAUCAUGGAGGACUAUGAACCAGACGAAGGGUCAAACGGGACCAAAUCUGCUGAGCCCUGGGGUAUUCGCGCCCUGCCACUGGAUUAUGCGCCCAUCAAGCCAUACGUCGAGAAGGCGCACAACGUCGUGAAGUUUGAACGAGAAGGGAACUGUGUCCACUGCCACGAAGCGCUAGAGUCAGGUCAAGGACUUCAACCAAUGUGUCCUCACGACGGAUGCGAAGCAAUGGGCCAUCUCGACUGCUGGUCAAAACACGCUCUCAAAGGUGAACCAAAAGAGAUAUUGCUCCCCCUAUCAUGCACAUGUCCAAGCUGUGGCGGCAAGAUAAACUGGAGCGACAUGAUGAAGGAGUUGACUCUUCGUGUGAGGGGACCGAAGGAGGUUGCGAAAUUACUCAAGAAGAAACGGCGAACGAAGAAGGAGAUUGCGGCUGAAGCUGCAGCUGAGGAGGAUAUUUGA